UCUCUCCCUCCCAAAACUUAUAUUCCUAAACACAAUGAUACCCAAGAUAUUGAGCAUUGUCGAUAAGCUAUCAAAUAAAUCAUUGACAAUACAGAUAACUCUCGUAACCAAAUUUAUCAUAAAUCUGCUGAAAAACAUCAAUAACAAUAAUAAUCAAAAAAACAUCUACAUUCUACAGUUCAAUAAUAUAAUGAAAAUGUAGGUAAGAUGUUUACUUCUACAAAGUAUGGAGUUGCUUACAUGUAAAAAAAAGUUAUGCAUAAUAUUGAUAAAAUAUGAUUUAUUUGAUUCAUUUAAUAACUUUUCUGUUACAAUAAUUAAUUAUAACUCUCUCCGCUAUCCUCUAUAGGAAGAUUACCAUUAAAUUUUUACACAAUGA